AUGAAUAAGACGUGGGACGCUGAUCAAAAAUUUUGGGACUAUUUUAACAUGGAUUACGUUAUGAACGCGACGGAGCCUGAGCAAGAGACGGUUCUAACGUCUGAUCAGGGUUUUGUGGUGGGGAUAUACAGUGCUUUGUUCAUGGUGGGUGCUGCUGGGAAUAUCGCUGUAUUCAUUGCUCUCGUUCGAUCGAGGCGGAGGAAGUCGAGAGUGAACUUGCUUAUGACCCAUUUGGUCAUCGCUGAUCUGAUCGUCACCUUCAUUGUGAUACCAUUAGAGAUCGGUUGGAGAACAACCAACGCCUGGCUAGCCGGCAACUGGGCGUGCAAGUUUUUCCUAGUAUUGAGAGCGUUCGGCCUGUAUUUGUCUUCAAAUGUAUUGGUCUGCAUAUCAUUAGACAGGUUUUUUGCUGUUUUAUAUCCACUACGCCUGGCCAUUGCUAGGAAGAGAAGUAAGACAAUGCUGUCAGUGGCGUGGGUUGUUGCACUCCUGAGCAGUAUACCUCAAAGCUUCGUGUUUCGCGUGAUGCGUCACCCGACGGUACCGGAGUUUGAGCAGUGCGUAUCUUUCGAGGCUUUCUCGAAUCAGCACCAAGAACUAGCGUACAACGUCACGUGCCUGCUGGCUAUGUAUUUCCUGCCUCUCGUGAUUAUAACUGUCUGCUACGCGUGCAUUUUCUGCGAGAUAUCCAAGAACUCAACCGAAAUGUCCGGCAAAUGUCAGCAAUCAGAACAUGGGAGGAUUCACCUGCGGAGGUCCGAUCAGAGGCCACUGGCGCGGGCGAGAAGAAGGACCCUCAGGAUGACCGUUACUAUCGUUACUGUCUUCGCUUGUUGUUGGCUGCCCUAUGCCACUAUGACAUUGUGGUACAUGUUCGAUCGGGAAUCCGCAAUGCUGGUGUCCGCGAGGGUCCAGGAUCUGUUCUUCAUCAUGGCCGUCUCCAACUCGUGCAUGGACCCCCUGGUGUACGGGUCGUAUACUUUGGAUAUGAACAUCAUUAACAGAACGCUGAGGAAAAUCUUUUGUAUCCACAGCGAAAAUUUGAAUGGACACAGAAUAAUGGAGCCAGGGAAAUAUAAAAGCAAACAACAAGCUGUCGUCCAAACCAACAAUCCUGAAGGGCUGGUAAGUAUAUGCACGGACGCGUGGGUGAACUGUAGGUGCACCCUGGUAGUGACACGCGCAAGGGCGUCCCCCCUUGACGGGGAUCACGUAUGUGGAGGAGGUAUGUUUAGGAGGUUUCCCUUGCUUGGACUGUCGCAUGAAUGGAGGGGGCCGGAAGGGCCGUACUCGGUCGGGCGCUCACCCGGUAAAGGCGUACUGAACUUGAAGUCUCGGUACAUCGGUGGUUAUCAAGAAACCUCUCUAGUUGUACCCAGCGGGAGUACGGAACCACUCCCGUGCUGGAGUGAGCGGCAAUUUGAGGAGUACAAGACGAAAGCGUAUGAAAUAUUCACUGUACAAACUAAUCGGUUAACCAAGUAA